AUCAUCACCGACAAUAUCAGCAUCAAUCUCAUGUUAGGGAAGAGGAAUGGCUUAAUGAUGUGGCUGGAGACGUCAUGCAAGUAAUCAUAAUCUCCUGCUAUUCCACCGCUUCACAAAUACUCCGGGACAAUACGUACCAUGGACGCAUUCGUCAUCCAGGACCUGGUAUCUGAACUGACCGAUCUUGAACUUGCUAUACUACUUGCUCUUAUCUGUCAAGGACAUUGUGUGAUUGAGACUCCGGUAGUCAACGUUGAUGAUGUUGCCGGUGAACUAGCCCUGAUAUGUCAAAAUAGAUUUGGCUUAUCCUACGCUGUUCUCGACUGCUCUUCAAGGACAUCUAUAGAUAAUUUUAGCAAUAGCAUUCUCGUCUCUGAUGCGAAAAGAGGCCGCUCGUCUAAUGCUCUGCCAUCAUUUCAGACCGGAGGACAAUUUGAUGAAAGAAAAAUUGUCAAUGUAGUCAUUGCAAAGAACUUUCAUAAGGUCUCUUCAGAUAUCCAGAUUCAAGCAUUAGAGUUGAUUCGUUCCAAACGGAUAUUCACCAGAACAUCAAUUCAUAUAACUCAGAAAACAUUCUUAUUCGUACCUUUAAUCGGGUAUGAUGAUAUUGUCCAGCGGACCGUCCGCUUGAACAAGCAUUUAAAUGAUUUCUUUCUCUUCUCUCAUUUCCAUGAGAUUGAUGCAGGCCUACCAAAUCUUGAAGGUGAUGAGGGAUGGCCAUCAGAUGAUCAAGCAUCUGUCUCUUCUGUUGUGAGGAAGUCGCAACGGUAUAAUGACCAUUUCCAUACGAACAACCGUCAAGUCCCUGAACAGAUGAUAUUGCAUCUACGCUUGCUAAGUGAUGCUGUAUCGGUCUCGGCCGAGGUCAACCGUUACUUGCAUAAUAUUGUAGUCUUCCUAAGACUCAAUCGUGCUGUUGCGGGUGGCGUGUCUGCCAAAGCUACUAAAUAUUUUAUGAUCGUGGCAAAGUCUCUCGCCUCAAUGCACGGUAUUAAUUACCUCACUCCGUCUGUGGUGUGUCUUGCUGCCAAGAAGGUUUAUCGUCAUCGAAUAAUAGUUGCUAAACCCGAAGACGAUAGGAGUUUACAAUAUGGAAGCCACCUGAGCUCGGUGACGAUGAUACUGAAAGAUAUUGAUCCUGACCAGAUCAUUGAUGCAGUCAUCUCAGAAGUUGAGGUUCCUAUCUGAUGAAUCUCUGCUUAAUAGAAUAACUUUUUAGCGGGGAAUCGGUCUAUCUUGUUGCCUCAAAUUAACAUUCUGAGCCUAGGUAAUAUUUAUU